UUGAUUUCUGCUUCAGCUCCCACAUCGGCGCCCCUUCGCCGGUGACCCUCCAGUCACGCCGUUUGUUCGGGGAACGGUGCAGAGCGGCAGCCAUGCCCUUGACCGCCAUCGGCUAUGCAGUGCCCCCCCAGGGGCUGGCCAUGCUGGCGGAUCCCGCGGAAGACGUGCCCUUUGGCUCUCGAAAGGAUGCCAUGUCCUUGGACGUGGUCAGACCGAAGGACGUACCACGCGGGCGAGUGAGGUAUGAGAAGGACUAUCAGCAGUCCCUGGCCUGUGAUGACAUCGCGGGCGCCCGGCCGGAGUAUAUGCUCCGGAGCCUUCAUCUUGAUGGAGCUCCGCCAAAGGAGCCCAUCAAGGAUUCCACUCCAAGGACCUAUCGCGAAUUGAAGAAAGCCAAGGACAUGUCUCUCAGCACUCAUGAUGUGGAUGGUGCGCAGUCCAAGGUGCAGAUUUUCACCACGACUCGCAACACCAACCCGUUGACACCCAGGUACAACCUACAGUCCACUGAACGGACCGAAGCCCCGGCCAACCCCAUGCGCCUGCACGAUGGCACCUUGCGGGAGAGCAUGGAUUUCAAGGCCGAUUCGGUCUCCCGAUUUCCUCUGCGGGACUAUCAACAUAAUCCUGCGGAUGGACGGGAUAUCGAGUUGUCGCAGCCGAACAUUAAGGGCCGCACCUAUGUUCCAAAUCGUGAAGAUCUCAAGAGGACCUUAGAGAAGUCCGGCGAACGCAUUUUGUGCGGAAAGUCUGCCCUUCCUCAGCAUCCACGCCACGCCUUGCACCCGGAGUACUUGGUCCACACGAAGACCACGCAUCCAUUCUACCAGGCAGAUGUGGACAACCCUUUGGCUCCACGCAAGGUGGCACAUGUCGAGGGCUCCUCGUCCAGAGUGCUGCACCGUGACAACGGCGAGCCUCAGGCCUCCUUGAUCCGCGCCGAUGUGCCGGGCGCCGUGCCGCAGAGGUUCAAAGGCCAUGUGCCAGUGAACAUCUACGACCCUCCACAGGUCACGCCCUUCUCCAUGUUCACCGGCCUCACCUGCACAGACAUUGAGGGUGCACAGACAGGAACGCGCAAGGGUGGAGCAUGCUAAGG